CGCCAUGCGUAAAAUGAGCUCGUAUGUUAACAGUUACACUGUCAGGCCAACAAGCGAGACAACUUCUCCCAACACCAUGUUCAGUUUCGAUAACUGCGCCUCCUUGUCCGGGCGCCAGUCCCGCCGUUAUGAGGGCGCUAAUGUCAACGGGAUGUUGUUCCCUUCUCCCGUCCCCGCCGCCUCCGUUGAGCUGGAGGAGGCGAAAACUAGCCUGCGUGGCAGUACGGAUACCCCUCCGUCGCCGGGAGCGCGUCAGCUAACGAUGCUCUCCGGCAGCUCGGCGGACGCGAGGAGCGGGCUCGGCUACGCCGGUAACGGGCUGCCGGGGCAGGGGGACGGCGGAGACGCGGAGCGGAGCGAGAGGUCCGGCGGCGCGGGCGAAGGGAGCGAGAGAAAAGUGGAGAACGCGCACGCGGUAAAGCGAAACGCAGGCGCGAGCCAGCGUCAGGACGGCGAGCAGCGGCCGCAGAUUUAUCCGUGGAUGACAAAACUGCACAUGAGCCACGAAUCGGACGGUAAACGGUCACGGACCAGUUACACCCGCUACCAGACUCUGGAGCUGGAGAAAGAAUUCCACUUCAACCGCUACCUCAGUCGCCGCAGGCGCAUAGAGAUCGCCCAUACCCUGUGCUUAAACGAGAGGCAGAUCAAAAUCUGGUUCCAGAACAGACGCAUGAAGUGGAAGAAGGACUCAAAGAUCAAAGUGAAGGAAUAAGCGCACGUAGCCCCACACUGCGAAGUUGUUACCUGACCUCCGGAUGAACUGCUAGGAGCAAUGACAUCAUGGCAGUGCGCCGUGUGCUUCAUCACCAAUUAUGUGUCACUCGCUGCAGUUUGGGACUUAAUGUAUUGAAUAUCGCUCAGUUUGAUCAAUCGCUUUACAUUGCUAAAUUAAUUUUCUCUCCCCCCCCCCCCAUGUGAUGAUGACCUUACUUUAGGCUGGCCUACUGCAUGGCGGGCCGAGGAUGAGGGGAAGAGGACCCCCCCCCAACAUUUUGUUAGCUUGUAGAUUUUGCACUGCAGUGCAUGGAAGGGGUUACACGGUACAUGACACUCACACUUUAUGUUGUAUAUUUAGGAUAAGAGUAUGAAAGGAUGACUGACAUCCUGCAUCUUUAUUGGCAAUAUGAUGAAACUGUUUGUGAAAUGAAAAUCAGUGGAGUGAAGAUGGUAACAUUUCUUCAAAAAAAAAGAAAAAAGUACCACUAUAAUAGUGGUGAGUUGUCCAAUAGGCAAAAAGUGAUAUAAUUCUUUCACUUGUACAAAUGUUUGUUUGUUUGCUCGUUUGUUUUCAAUUUAUACUCUGGUAUGUUGCAAUGGAAACAGGUUAGAGACAUGGUGUCGAUUGUCAUUUUCAGAGAGCAGAGUCAUUGUGAAAAAAUAUUGAACCAUUGGGGCAUCCUACAUGUUGUCAUAUAACCAUGCAAAUCAUUACCUAUAAUUGGACAUUUGUAAGUGAUAAAAGUGUUGUAACUUUCAAUCGAGCCACUUUUUUCCCUUGGUAGACUUAAGGUGCGUGGCAUACACAUGGCCUAGAAUAAUUGAUAUAGGGGACAUAUCUGUUGGGUGUAAUUAAUAAAAUCUGUCAAUACAAAAAAAA